AUUCCAGUGAAAGGUUUCAUUGACUGAGUGUUGUGCUGUUAUUUCCAUAACUAUAAAUAAAAAAAUUUUAAUUCAUUUUUUGAUUUGUCAAGACGGAUUUUAAUUAUUUACUUUUAUUAUUCAUUCACUAAAAUAAUAGAUUAUUAUUAAUAAUAAUAAUCUGGUUAUUUUACAAUUUAACAUCAGUUGAAGGAGCAUAUGAUAAAAAACCAAUACGAGAAAAAAUUUGAUUAAAAAUUUUUCAAUAUAAAUUCUGAAAAAAACAAUCAAACAAAUAGAAAAAUGGCUGGUAUCAGUGGAAUGGACAGUUUAGUUUCAAUUGUAAAUCGUCUUCAGGAUGUAACAACUCGUUCAAGAGUUACAUUCGAAUGGGAUUCACCACAAAUUGCGCUUGUUGGAGGCCGAAGUGUUGGGAAAAGCUCUUUAAUUGAAAGCUUGGUUGGAAGGGACUUUUUGCCACGAGGCUACGGUAUGGUUACAAGACGACCCCUCAUAUUGCAAUUAAUCAACAACGGAAAUGAAGAUCCAGAUUAUGCCGAGUUCCUACAUUGCUCAGAUAAAAAGUUUACUGAUUUUAAUCAUGUUAAACAAGAAAUUGAAGAGGACACUAACCUUGUCAUUGACAGAAAAGAAGACAUCUCACAUAAUCCAAUUAAUCUUCGAAUAUAUUCCUCGAAAGUGUUAAAUUCUACUUGGAUUGAUCUACCUGGUUUUACCAAAGUUCCAAUCGAUGAUCCACGAUAUGAAAUUGAGAGUAAAAUUCACAAAAUAAUACUCGACUAUAUUUCAAAUGAAUCGUGUGUUAUUUUGGCUGUUACACCUGCAAAUAUGGAUCUUGCAAAUAGUGUCGCCCUACAAAUUGCUAAGGAGGUAGAUCCACAAGGAUUAAGAACCAUUGGUGUUAUAACUAAACUGGACCAGUUAGAUGAAAAAACAGAUGUCCGUGAAAUUUUUGAAAAUCGUCUAUUACCAUUACGACGUGGCUACAUUGGUGUUGUCAAUCGUGGCUCAAAGGCUAUCGAUGAAAACACAGAUAUAGCUGAUGCACUUCACGAUGAAAAAUCUUUUUUUAAAAACCAUGAGUCGUAUAAACAUAUGGCAGAUAAAUUGGGAACACCAUAUCUUCAAAAGAUAUUGAAUCAACAGCUCGUUGUUAACAUUCGUGAAAGUUUGCCAUCUUUGCGAAAAAAAUUACUGGAUCAAAAAACUUUAUACGAAAAAGAUUUGAGCAUGGAGGACAUGAAUAUUGAUGAUUUAGCAUCAAAAACAACAUUGAUGAUUCAGAUGAUUGAUAAACUCCGUUUACAAUUUGCAAACACGAUUGGUUGUUAUGAAUCCCAUGAAAUUGGAGAAUUUUUAAACGGAGGCUCAAAAAUAUGCCACCUGAUGCAUGAAAAAUUGUCAGAAGAAAUUUCGGCAUUGACAUCUGCCGGUAAUAACACUGUACGUCGAGAAAUAAAACUCGCCAUUCUUAAUAUCCGUGGUGUACGACUUGGCAUGUUCACUCCAGAUACAGCCUUCGAAGCAGUUGCUAAAGAACAAAUCAGGCGUUUGAAGAAACCAGCUCUUGAUUGUGUCAGUGAGGUGACAGAAGAACUGAAUCAACUUCUACAUGAUUGCACCAAAGUGAUGUCUCGUUAUCCUUCAUUCCAAGAAAUUACUGAAGAAAAAUUGAUAACAUAUUUAAAACAAUGUGAAGAAAAAUGCAAAAAACAGUUGUGUGAUCUUGUGGAAUUUGAAUUAUCAUACAUCAACACAAAACAUGUUGAUUUCAUUGGACUUGAAAAAGCCACUGAAAAAUCUUACAAGAAUACACUUUCUAUGAAAUUUCCAAAUGAUGAUGCUGAUUUGUAUGAAAAAUUUUCAACAAAUACAAAAAUGACUCAAGAAGUUUAUAAAUUUAAAAUUUUAAUCGAUUCAUACAUGGACAUUGUUACUAAAACUGUGCAGGAUCUUGUUCCUAAAAUCAUCAUGUUCAUGAUCAUUGAAAAUGUCAAGCAUUUUAUCAAUGUUGAGCUUCUGUCUCAACUUGUAGGCAGUGAAGAUGUUAUUCAACUUAUGGAGCUUUGCGAAGCUGAAAAAAUCAAGCGAGAUCAUCUAACACAAAUGUAUGAGGCAUCGAAUGAUGCAUUGAAAAUUUUGAGCCAAGUUUCUGCAUCACUUGCGGCAUAUAACUAACUUGAAUGACUUGGUCUUUUUUUUUUUUUUUAAACUUUUAUAGUGAUGAUUUAAUUCAUUUUCGAAAUUAUCAACAGGAAAUGUUUGUUACUCAAACUUUAUCAUUGUAAAACAUGAGAUAAUAAUGACCAUGAAAUAUUGUUUAUCUUCAAGUAUUAGAUAUUAAUCAUUUUUUUAUGUAUUUCAUGAUUUUUAAUAUUAAAUAAAAUUGAACAAUUUGUAUUCAUGCAAACACGUGGAGUAAUUAUUUAUGUGAUAAUUUCUGUACACAAUAUCAUUGGAUUUCUUGGAAUAGUUAUUGAAAUUUUACGUUAUCAUUUUUGUACCAAAAAAGAACUGUUUAGACUUCUGAGU